CAAUCUUAAUAACGGCUUAUAAAAGCAAAAAACACGUGCAGCCUUUCUCACUUACGUCGUAGUCUACCUGUAAAGAACAUCUAACUUACAACUUUUCUUUUGCUACGUAUAUAUAUCUCGGAUUCUAAUGCCGCGUGGGCGUGUUAGACAGCGAGGCGGCAGGGCUAGGGCAGGAAGGCCAGCCAGGGCAAACAGAAAUGCCGACGGCCAGCAGAAUGAAGCAGGCGGCCAGCAGAAUGAGGCGGAACGAGGCAAUAACCAUCCAAACACCCGCGGGCAGAAACGAAGAGCCGAUGACCUUGAGCACGCUGAAAGGACACCGCCACGUGGUCCGGCAGAGCCAUCAGAUAUAGAUGACGGAGGCAAUAUACUGUUACAGGAAAAUGCCGGAUACCACAUUACAAAUUUCUGUUGUAUCAAUGUUGAAUUCUGACGGUGUCACCAACUCAUGUACCCAGAGCCAUAAGACGAAUGCAAUUCAAAUGUGAAAACAGUAUAUUGUUGUGAAGACUGUGAUUUUAU